AGCUCUCUUAGCGUUUAUACACUACGCAUCAAGCAUUAGAACAAGAGGGAGUAUGAAGAAAUAACACAAUAGUGACUCUUGACUUGCAUAACGAACGAAACCUGUCACUACGGGUUGUGUUUGGCAGCGACCAACGGAACCACUGCCUUGCCAUACCGUGCCUUGCCGUGCCCUGCCGUGCUGUCCUGCCAUGGCUACUGUACGCCUACUGGUUCUCUGCAGGACAAGCAUCGAUGAGGGGUCCAGGGCAUUGAGCAGAGCAGCACGGGUCUCCAAGCAGCACCUCCACAGUGGGGCGGCCUGGCGUGGUGCUGCCAGGAAAGACCCCACCAAGUUGAUGUUGGACAAUGAGUAUGUGGUGGCCAAGGAUACUUUGCUCUACAGGAAUGACAACAAGGGCUUCUACAGGAUGAUCAACUUCUUUGGGUUGUCGCAGUUUGUGUUCUGGACUUACCUGAGUCACUUUGCCUACACCACCAUGAAGAGUGUGGACAUCCCUGAGAAGCAGAAGAACAACAAGGCUCUCUCUUGGUGGAAGAAGACAGACUUUGGCCAGUACAGGAAUGGGAUAACAAUUGGCAGUUUUAUAGUUGGCUGGGGCACCAUGGGACUGUGCUGGAUGUACACUCUGCGGUCCGUCAGUGGCAUGGUGCUCAAGAGGGGUGGUCAAAAGCUGCAUCUCUUUACCUUCACUCCUCUUGGCAGAAACAGGUCCCUGCUGGUGCCAAUAGAAAAGGUGUCAGCAAGUCAGAGUCGAGCUGCGUCGCGGGUACACCUCCCUCUCAAGGUCCAGGGCAAGGCUUUCUACUACCUCCUGGACAUGAAAGGCGACUUCACCAACUCCAAGCUGUUUGAUUACUCUGCAGGCAUCAGGAGGAACUGGGCGCGGUGAGGCAGUGGACCAGACCGGAUGUACAGUACAGUCAGGGGUAGCUUUUGUAACACCCCCCCUCCUGGUGUUGUUUAUUCACUUUGGUUGUUCCUGGUUUAUCUAUUUUCUCCUUUCUUUCAUUAUCAAUUUAUGUCUGAUAUCUUUUCUUCCACUAUCUUUAUCAAUUUCCUGCUUUUUUUUUAUCACAAUUAACUUUUAUCUACUUCUUCUUUUUCUUUCACUCAUCUUGUUUCUCUUUUCCUCUUCUCUUUCACUAUCAGCUUUUAUCUAUUUUCCCUUUUCCUUCACUAUCAACUUUCCUAUUUCUUCUUUUCCUUCACUAUCAAGUUCCAUCAGUUUUCUCCAUACCUUUCAUUAUCAACUUGUUUCUUAUUUUCUUCUCUUCCUUCACUAUCAACUUUCCUAUUUCUUCUUUUCCUUCACUAUUAACUUUCAUCAAUUUUUUCAUUUCCUUUCACUAUCAACUCGUUUUGUAUUUUCUUUUCCUUCACUAUCAAAUUAUUUCCUAUUCCUCCUUUUCUUUGAGUAUCACCUCAUCUGUUGCUCCUUUCCUUUCACCAUCAACUAAGAUACAGCAGGAGUCAGUCUGGGAGCUGUGUUGCAUUAUGGAGCCAAGACAGGUACAGGCUGGGCUCUCCUCUGGCCCCCAUCACAGCUGCAGUGAGUGUUGUGAGUGCUGUGCAGGGAAGGACACAGUAAGAAAGAUGGGUAAAUUUGCAGUUUCAACCAAUGUAUCCUUUCUUAUGUUACUUUUUCCCUAUGUCUAACAAGCUUGGGGAUCUCGCGGGAAACCUAACCUAACCUAACCCUAUUAUUAAUUUCCGAUAGGGUAAAAUGGGGUUAGAAAUGUUGGUAGAAGUGUGAUCUAGACCGUGAGAAUGUGUAUCGUUACAUGUGGUGUACUGGUUCAAACUGCAAUAAUACCAAAGGAUGAUGUGUGGAAAGAUAUAGGCAAAUGUUCAGUGCCAUUGUGUCUCCUUAAGUCAGUCUUUGUCAUUGCCAUUGUUAAUCCCCUCAGUACCAGGAUGCAGUUUUAUAUUCAGUGACUAUGUGGUGUUUUUCUAUAGCUUCAGAAACUCAUGUCGAGGAUUAAAAUAGUGAAGAC